AUGGAUUUUUUCAGCUAUCCUGACGUGGAUAGCAAUGACCCUCUAUCAAUUAAUGCUAUGUUCGAGCACUUCGACCAUGAAGAUGUUUCGAACGAACUGGAGGAACUUCUUCAGUGUACUCUAACAGAAGAGAACCGAUCGAACGUUUGGUUGGCGGAUGGAACAGAACAAAACGUGCCCCGGACGACUUCAGUAUCGACACCCGCACUGCCUGCAGUGACCGGGGUUGCGAUUUCGGACCUGGCGGCAGACAGCCGGAUUCGAAACCGCAACAGCCUCAGCAAUUUGGCCAGCAACACGAACGGAACCAUUCAUAUCAACGGUUCGAACCCCCGGGUGUUCGUCGAUCAUAUGAAAGAGACAGAAAAUUCCAAUCCGAACUUAACAGUCAACCAGCGGACUGGAUUACCAAUCAAUCGGCACGCAAGUCGUGACCAACCUGUUAAACAGUGCACGGCCGUUCUCUUAGGGACAGUAGGUCAGCUGUCCAAAAACGGGCUGACGGCAGGUGCUCAACACCAUUCCGUUCAUUCACCUUUGCAGUCGAGUAUAGUGAACCACAGCAAUAACAGUAGCGGCCAAGAACCUCCGCGACAUCAGGAUGAGACUACGACAGCUACUCCAUUGUCGCCCAUAUUCUUAUUGCAGUCAUACCCUCAACAAACGCAGACACAACAGCAGCAACAACAACGAAUUCUCCAAGAUACAGAACAGAGGAAACAUCAAGGAAUGCUGGGAAAUAUUUUCUUGCAUUCCCAGAACAUACUUCCAGGUAAUGGUAACAUUGCUAUCCAACCAAUGGAAACAAAUGAGUACACUUGUAAGACGAAUAAAACUCCACGGACAAUGGACCAUUUCCGGAGUAAUCUCCACCCGACAGUGGACACAUCUGCCCUGGCCGACACCCUCACUUGUGAGGAUCUGGUCAGAGAUGGACAUAUCAGCGACAAAACCUACCCCAAGCCUGUUUAUUCCUACAGUUGCUUGAUUGCGAUGGCGCUUAAAAACAUCGUAUAUACGUCUCUCCUCAUAACACCUGUGCAAUUCUCUCUUUUAGUCGUGUAUACGUCUCUCCUCAUAACACCUAUUCAAUUCUCUUUUUUUAGUCGUCAUGCAACUAACGAACUGGGAGUUACAGUAAUCUUUUCUCAUGGCCGAAAACACGGGGGGAUUCCAGUUGACGGCGAUCGAGGGAAGUCAACAAAGCUGUUUCGAACGUGGUUGCAUGCAAAUGAUGACAUUUUUGUACGAUUGACCUUGAAACCAAAGGCACUUCUCUCUUUCUCACUCUCUCAAUCUCCCUCUGUUUUCCCCCUUUCAUUCUCUCUUUUCCUCUUUCAAUUGUGUUCUCUCUCUUUUUUCUUUUUCUGUUCCCUUCUCUUUCUCUCUCUUUCUCAUUCCCUUUCUUUCUCUUUCUCUCUCUAUUUCUGUCUUUAUCUGCUUUCUCUCUAUUUCUCUCUCUCUCUCGUUUUCUUCUCUAUCUCUCUAUCUCUUGUUAUUCCCUUUUUUUCUUUCUAUUUUUCGUUUUCUUUCUUUCUUUCUUUUUCACUUUCUUUAUUUUUCCUCCCUUUCUUCUUUUGUCUUUUUCCAAUCUCCUGUUUUUCCUCUCACUAUUUUCUUUCUUUCUCUCUUUCUUUCUUAUAUUUAUUUGUUUCUUUCUGUUUGCCUUUCUUUUUCUUUUUCUUACGUUCUUUUUCUUUAUAUAUUUAUUUACUUAUUUAUUUGUCUUUCUCUUUCCGUUUCACUCCUCUCACACUUUUUUCUCUCCCUCUCUCUUUCUUUCUCUCCAUCUCUCUUUCUUUCUUUCUUUCUUUUUCUCUUUCUUUCAUUUUUUUUCCAUGA